AUACGGACGCCGUUGGUUGCGUUUUGUUAGCUCAACCGAUUGCCGGUGCGUACGAUAUCAAUAUGUGUGAACGAUAUGUUUUUGUUGUCAUCCUACUAGCGAUAGCGACAUCUUUCGUCAGUGAUUGCAGCGCGAAAUUAGCACCUGACUUCAUACAACCUUGCAAUAACACGGAGCCUGCGUGUCUUAUAAAAGCCACAGUAGACGCCAUUCCCGGAUUCGCCAAAGGCCUACCAGAACUUGGGGUACCGUCUUUGGACCCCUUCGUUAUAAAUGAGUUGCCGAUACAGCUGCCUGGUAUCAAGGUCACGUUCUACGAUGGCAAGGUCACUGGACUGAAAAAAUGUGAAGUGCUUAAUGUGGAAGCCUACUUGGAGAAAAACAUAUUUAUAUUAGAGGUGCGCUGUAACAUUACGAUCAAAGGGAAAUACACGGCUGUUGGUAGAUUGCUGCUCUUCCCCAUCAACGGUGAAGGAGACUGCAAAAUUAAAAUUGUAAAUUCGGUUAUAAAGCUAAACAUCAAGACAAAAUACUUUAAAGAUACUGAGAAUCGCGAUCAUUUUGGUAUUAAGAGCUACAGAUACACCUUCGACUACGGCGAGAGGAUUAUCUAUACGAUCACCAAUUUGUUCAAAGGAAACCCUGAAUUAAGUAACACCGUGCUACAAUUCUUGAAUGAAAACUGGAGGGUGGUGACAGAAGAAUUCGGUAAACCCGUGGUGGAUUACGCACUAAAUGUCACCGUUGGCACCGCUAAAAAAUUCUUCGAUGCUGUACCUUAUGAUGAGUUACUCUAUGUACCUAUACCUAAAUAUUAAAAAUCUUAUUUUAUUAUUUGGAAACUUAAUUUUACAAUCGUAAUUUAAAUCAACAGAUUAUUGAUCCAAAUUAUGAAAUAAAUGAGUGGUUUAAAAUGAAGCUGCGGUCGAAAUAAAUUGACAAUAGUAUACAAGCAAAGUUCAUCCUUUUUGUUCAUUGUAUGUAAUAAUAGUUUGUUUAUAGUAGUCUUUACUUGUAAUUCUAUUAUAUAGUUUUAGGAUACACCGUGAAUGAACUUUAAUGAAAAAACGUUUGUGAAUUGAAAAAUGUAUCUGAUUUAUUUAGAGACAUUUUAUUUUCUUCGAUACUAUGUUGUAAAAAGAGAAUAUUUAGAAAUAUCACAUUUUGGAAAUACUGUAAAAUAGUUUAGAUACCUGUUGUGAUCAAUAUUUAAAAAGAAACGAAUAAAAGAAAAUAUUAACAUUCAUUACAAUACUUAAUACACAAUAGUAAUACUUUACUGAUACUUUUUUUGUAAAAAUUU